AUGUCAAACUGCACCACGGUUAUGGAAUUCUUCCUGUUGGGGUUCUCGGAGGUCUGGGUGCUGCAGCUAGUCCAUGUCACGCUGUUCCUCCUGGUCUACCUGGCGGCUCUGAUGGUGAAUUUCCUCAUCGUCGCCGUCACUGCCCUCGAUCGGCACCUCCACACCCCCAUGUACUUCUUCCUUAGGAACCUGUCCAUUCUCGACCUCUGCUACAUCUCCUUCAUUGUCCCCAACUCAAUCUUCAACUCUCUGACCGACCGUAGAUCCAUCUCUUUCCUGGGCAGUGUCCUUCAAGUGCUUUUCUUUACCUCAUUUGCAUCGUCAGAGAUCGCCCUCCUCAUUGUGAUGUCCUAUGACAGCUACGUGGCCACCUGCUGCCCCCUGUACUAUGAGGUCAUCAUGAGCCCAAGGGCUCUCAUGAGACUCUCCAGCUAUGAGGACAUGCUGCAGGAAGUGGGGGUCUGCACAUUCCUUACCCUGUUGUCUUUAAUUUGCUUUAUGUUCAUCGGUGUCUCUUACGUUCACAUCUUCUGGGCCAUGCUGAAGAUGCCAUCAGUCGAGGCUACCACCUCCUCCUCCAACUCCCAGUUUCCUCCUGCAACUUUCAGCUUCCUGCUGCAACCCCCAGCUUCCUCCUCCAACCCCUAG